AUGACGAGCUUUCCUAUCGCCAAGCGAAAGCGCGCGACGCGUGCCAAGUUCGCCAAAGUGCGGACCGGGAGACGGCAUGUGAAAUGCGAUGAAACAAAGCCGGCUUGCAAGAACUGUAUCAAAUGGGCUGGCUUUUGUGGCGGCUACGAGCCCAUCCUCGCUCAGUCGAAGACUUCUGUCAAGCAGACUGUUUUGACGCCGCCAAGUCCCGAAUUUGACAGCACGUCAUCUCCCGAGGAACUAGAGCUCCCUCUGUAUGAUUCUGGCUGGCAAUUUCAACUCCCCGAGAAUCUCUCGCCUCCAGAAUUAAUAGAUUCCCAACUGAGCUCAUACGGAUGGCCGAGCUGCCCAACACAGCCCACAGGACCCCAUUUCAGCGUUCCGGCUGCUUGUCCUACCUUUGACGACACAUUCUGGGCUUUGACUCUUCCUCAGCUUGUCCAAGAGAACCUCGCUAUUCGGUAUGCCAACGUGGCAGUCCAUGUCCUUUUACUUGCCAAAGGCCCUACGGUGGUAGGCGCGGGAAACGUCAUCGAGAGGGACCAUUACGGAGAGGCUCUAUCAAGCUAUGGACGCGCCCUGCAAGAAGCCAGGCGGGCGACGACGGGGUAUACCGAUCUCCGCGAGACGGCCGUAUGCUGCAUGUUCUUUGUCAUAUUUGAGGCAAUAAAUGGAGAUCGGGAGGCCGCACAGGCUCAUCUGCACAGUGGACAAAAGAUUUUGGAGGAGAUCAGCCCCGAAUACAAUGGCGUCCAAGGAUUUCGCAAGGAGCUUCGAAACGUUCUACGAUAUCUUGCCCAGCAAGCUCGUGGGUUCGCGCUCGAUGGGGCUCACCAAUACGGAGGCGACGAGGGCGGCAGCAUCUUGGAUACGCUAAUGGUAUAA